AUGGCCACUAGCGGUAAUGGUGGUCGGCCUUUCCAUGAGGAUUUAGCGGUGGAUAUUCUACUCAGGUUGCCAGCGGAGUCCUUGUUGCGAUUCAAAUGCGUCUGCAAGAACUGGUACGAGAUAAUGGAGAGCCAUAGCUUCAUCAGAGAACACAUGAAUUGGAACAUCAAGAGCAAAUCCCCUCAAAUCUUGAUUUAUGAUCAUAGUGCCCUAGAUGAUUCCCCUUCAAUCACUUUUUUUUCGGUUUCAGAUGCUGGUGUACAUGAAAAUCCACCUGAUUAUCUCCAGGGCUUUAGAGGUAUGACAAACCUUUUAGGUGUCGUGGAUGGAUUAUUUUUGUUGGAGCGAGAAAUUGAUGGCAGCAUAUUCAAUAUCUCCUUGUCAUUGUGGAAUCCUGCCACCAGGGAAGUGAGGCCCCUUCCUGCAGCCAACUUCGAGCUUCAACCAUCUUUCAGACAAAUGGACCAAUCCGUUGGGACUGCUUAUUUAAAUGAAACUUAUUGUUGGCUGCUAUGCGGCGGGGGUUGUACUUCUUAUGAUUGUAGCGUUCUUUCAUUUGACUUUGACAAUGAGGUAUUUGUAGAAAUUGGAGGGCCAGAUGUUGGGCGCGCUUUCAAUCAUUGCAAUGUGAGACUGGUAUUGCUUGAUGACUUCAUUGCCCUCAUGACCGUUGUUGAAGGAUUUGUUUAUGAUAUAUGGUUGAAAAAUGACAACAACUUAGAGACGGCUCUCCACAAUGUUUGGCCUAAUUUGGUAGCUGGCGGACAGGAUAAAACUCCCACGGGUUAUGUUCCAGCCCAACAGUGCAAGCUACAGAUUAUUUUAAAGCAGCGGCAACG